CAUGUUUUUUAAUAAGAAAUAUAUAAAAUAACAAACUUAGUCCAUAAACGUUUUAGUUACAUUACUGGACGACCGAUUUAGCGGAAAUGUCCUUUAUUUGAACCGUGACACAACAUGGUUUGAUCUGAUUAUGCCAUUAUGUCCUUAUUUCAAUACUCGUGGAGACAUGGCGUAAUAUUGUUUAUAUGUGUGUACAUAAUAAGACAACCAUAGCCUGUCAUAUAUAUAGUAUUCUCUGAUAAAAUCAUAUUCUCAACUGCGACUUUAUCGAAUGUAUCAGUCCGUAAAAUGUCUCACCCCCCUGUCACGAUAAUGGCUCUUUCCAUCAUGGACGCCAUUCGCUCACCGUAAAUAUCAAUCCUCUUAAACAUGGUUUGAUAAAUAUCUCGGCUUUUCGCGAGUUCUAUCAAAUGCUCGGAAUUCGUCCAACUGAAUGUAAAAUGUUUUGUGCAAAAUCGUGCACUCGCAGUUCCUGAUACUUACGCCUCUGAGUGAUUUUGGUGAGUUUGGGCCCAGCGAGCUCGCCUUGACUACAGCAGACCUGCGUGUUCGUGUAUUCGGGCUUCCGCCGGGUCGCCUGCCACACAGCACCAUGAGUGAGUUGAAGGAAUGCCCCCCACUGAAGUACUACGACUUCAAGCCCGUCGAGCACGUCAAAGUGUGCCCCCGCUACACCGCGGUGCUCGGCCGGUCAGAGGACGACGGCAUCGGCAUUGAGGAGCUGGACACCCUGCAGCUGGAGCUGGAGACGCUGCUGUCCUCCGCCAGCCGCCGGCUGCGAGCCCUGGAGGAGCAGAGACAGAUCCUCACAGACUGGCAGGACAAGAAGGGGGACAAGCGCUUUCUGAAGCUGGGAAAAGACCCGGACCCGGCAGCCUCGUCUCGCCACAAGCCAAAGAAGCAGAAGUUGGACGGCAAGGGCGGCCACGCGCCGGGUCCCGGACCUGGCAGACCCAAAUCCAAAAACCUGCAGCCUAAAGUCCCAGAAUACGAGUUCACAGACGAUCCGCAGGACGUCCCCCGCACUCCUAAAAACGAUGCACCUAACCGAUUUUGGGCAUCAGUUGAGCCAUAUUGUGCCGAUAUCACGAAUGAGGAGAUCCGAUUGCUAGAAGAGCUUCUGAAACCCCCGGAGGAUGAGGCUGAGUAUUUCAAAAUCCCAGCUCUGGGGAAACACUACUCCCAGCGGUGGGCUCAGGAAGAUCUGCUGGAGGAGCAGAGGGAAGGAGCUCGAGCCAAUGACAAGAAGAAGAGCCUCAUGGGAGGUCCGCUGUCCGAGCUGGACGCAAAAGACGUGGAUUCCUUGUUGAAAAAAUCCGAGUCCCAACAUGAAUCCCCCGAAGACGGAUGUCCCUUUGGUCCUCUCACUCAGCGCCUGCUCCAGGCCCUUGUAGAGGAGAACAUUAUAUCCCCCAUGGAGGAUUCACCCAUACCGGACAUUUCUGGGAAGGAUGCUAAUGAUGGCGCUGGGACCUCUCCUAGAAGUCAAGGAAAAGCUUUCAGCGUUCCUCACACACGCUCUCUGGAGGCUCGCAUCAAGGAGGAGCUGGUGGCUCAGGGGCUGCUGGACUCGGAGGAGCGACCCGGACCGGGGGGAGACUCUGAGGACGAGAUCCUGGCCGAGCUCCACAAGAGGCAAGCGGAGCUCAAAGCCCUGAGUGGCCACAACCGAGCCCGUAAGCAGGAGCUGCUCCGGUUGGCAAAAGAGGAGAUGCGCAAGCAAGAGCUGAGGCAGAGGGUCCGGGUGUCCGACAACGAGGUCAUGGAGGGAUUUCGCCGAAUCAUGGCCGCCAGGCAGAAGAAACGCACCCCGACCAAGAAGGAGAAGGACCAGGCGUGGAAAGCGCUGAAGGAGAGGGAAAGCAUCCUCAAGUUACUGGACGGAUAGAAGUAGAAAACCUCGUCCAGAACUGACGCGGGAGCCUCUUGUGCCACAAAUUGCAAGAAUUGCUGGGACAGCUGUGAGAUGGUCAGUGAACAUCUGUAUUUAUGAUGAUGUGUGACGCUGUUUGCUGCAGGUCUGUGUGAUUUGAUGAGGGAUAUUUGUGUUGUAGUAAAUGUUGGUCACGUACAGCAGAAUGCCUCGUUGAUCAGUGACAAACUCAUCAGAGACUUUUUUUUUUUUUUCUUUCUUUCUUUUGUCAGUUGGAUUUUCAUGUUGCUGUUUCUUUUUCCGUUGUAAUGUCAUGAAGAAAAGAAAUACACACAAACGUUUGAAUAAAUCAGCACCCCUUGAGGACAGCUUUGUGUAAAGUGUAUGAAAUACCGUGUUUGUAGUGCGUGCAGUGGUCUUUACCUCCUCAAAGUCAUCUGCUUACCAGCAUCAGAAACCCAAGAUCUGAAUCAACACUGCUGCUACUCAUUCUAAUAAUGGUUAUUGUCAAUAAAUAUUACUUGUGGUU